ACAGUGCGGGCGCGGCUUCUCGGGUCCCCGGCAGCGGCUUGUACACGCGCGGCGGCAGCAUCUACGCUCGCAGAGCCGCCGAUGCGCGUCCAGUGACCGGGACAGCGAGGCCCUCGCGUGGCGGGGGCGGCGGCAGACGCCUAGCCACCGUGACCCCCAUUUUGGAUUUACCGCUCGGGGGGUGGGGGGAGCCUGGAUUUAACUGGCGCCUGUUUUGGGGGACGCCGGACGCCAUGUUGUGGAAAAUAACCGAUAAUGUCAAGUAUGAAGAGGACUGCGAGGAUCGCCACGAUGCGAGCAGCAAUGGGAACCCGCGCCUCCCCCACCUCUCCUCCGCCGGGCAGCACCUCUACAGCCCCGCGCCGCCCCUCUCCCAUACUGGAGUCGCCGAAUACCAGCCACCACCCUACUUUCCACCGCCCUACCAGCAGCUGGCCUACUCGCAGUCGGCCGACCCCUACUCGCAUCUGGGAGAAGCUUACGCCGCUGCCAUCAACCCCCUGCACCAGCCAGCGCCCACCGGCAGCCAGCAGCAGGCCUGGCCGGGCCGCCAGAGCCAGGAGGGAGCUGGCCUGCCCUCGCACCAUGGGCGCCCGGCCGGCCUGCUACCCCACCUCUCCGGGCUGGAGGGUGGUGCCAUGAGCGCCCGCAGGGAUGCCUACCGCCGCACGGACCUGCUCUUGCCCCACGCGCACGCCCUGGAUGCCGCGGGCCUGGCUGAGAACCUGGGGCUCCACGACAUGGCCCACCAGAUAGAGGAGGUGCAGAAUGUUGACGACCAGCACCUGCUUCUGCACGAUCAGACUGUUAUUCGCAAAGGUCCUAUUUCAAUGACCAAGAACCCCCUGAGUCUCCCUUGUCAGAAGGAGCUGGUGGGGGCUGUGAUGAAUCCCAGCGAGGUGUUCUGCUCGGUCCCUGGAAGAUUGUCCCUCCUCAGCUCCACCUCUAAAUACAAAGUGACAGUUGCUGAAGUCCAGAGGCGAUUGUCCCCGCCUGAAUGCUUAAAUGCCUCAUUACUGGGAGGUGUUCUCAGAAGAGCCAAAUCUAAAAAUGGAGGCCGGUCCUUGCGGGAGAAGUUGGACAAGAUCGGGUUGAAUCUGCCAGCCGGGAGACGGAAAGCUGCACACGUCACUCUCCUGACGUCCUUAGUAGAAGGUGAGGCUGUUCAUUUGGCUCGGGACUUUGCCUAUGUCUGUGAAGCAGAAUUUCCUAGUAAACCGGUGGCGGAAUAUCUAACGAGACCUCAUCUUGGAGGGCGGAAUGAGAUGACAGCUAGGAAGAACAUGCUGCUGGCUGCCCAGCAGGUGUGUAAAGAAUUCACAGACCUCCUCAAUCAAGACCGAACCCCCAACGGCAACAACCGGCCCACCCCGGUCUUGGAGACGAACAUACAGAACUGCUUGUCUCAUUUCAGCCUGAUCACCCACGGGUUCGGCAGCCAGGCCAUCUGUGCGGCUGUGUCGGCCGUGCAGAACUACAUCAAAGAGGCCCUGAUAGUCAUAGACAAAUCCUAUAUGAACCCCGGAGACCAGAGUCCAGCCGAUUCUAGCAAAACCCUGGAGAAAAUGGAGAAACACAGAAAAUGAAGGAUGGGCGUGAGCCAAGGGCUGAAGAGUCUGAAAGGAAAAGGACUCCACGAUCAUUCUCAACCUGGACAGACUGGGAGACCCCUCUUGCCGGGGGACAGUUUUUGACCCACCUUCCCAUGAAAAAGGCCUCCACUCAUUUUCUGGAUCUUGACGUGCCCUCCUGGAUUCCUUAGUGUUCUUUUCUCUAGCGCUGAAGUGUGUCUCCUUAACUCUGGACAAGGGAUCGGAAGGUGACAAGUGCUGGUUCUUUGUUCAUUAAGCUCAUUUUAUUCUUUUGAACCCCAUUCUUUUCUCUGAAAGUGGUGCUACAAGUUUUAGAACCUUUUAAAUAAAUUCCCGGGGCUCACGAGAAAACCCACACCGGUAGCUGUUGAAAUGUCAGAUUGGUGCGAUUCAGAUCGACAGUAACUUGCAGUGUUAAGGU